AUGGCGAUACCGUCAGCAGAAGAGGUAUACAAUGCCCAAGGGUACAGCUUUUGGGAUGGGGAGGUCGACAUCUCGAGGACACCCUCCCCCGGCAUACCGACGAAACGCAUGCGGACGGGCUUGAGCGACCUCUCUCAGGAUAUGCAAGAAGAGGCAACAUGGCAGGACGAGUACAACAACCUUAUGAGAGUGCAACAAACGCCGGAGUCUCUUGGGUACGAGAGCGUUGGCUCCUUCAAGACGCUGUUCUCGUCGAGCGACAGCCCGCACACACAAGUAAUCACCAAUGGGAAGAAGAAGAUGCAGACGGGGUGCAUACCGUGCUUAAUCAAAAGCAUACCGUGCGACCCGAAGAACCCAGAAUGUAAACGAGCAAUGUCCGAUGACUGGAACCUCAACUACCAAGAGGAAGGAACCUCACAUGACGGAGUGGUGGCGACGCCUAACUCGAUGAGCCUUUCAGUCUACCAGCCAGACAUGAAAUGGCGUCGAAGUUGGCGGGAACGACACAGCCUGAACUUCUUCGUCAAUUUCAGCGCUCCUCAGAUGGCCGGGUUCUUUGACUCGUCAUUCUGGCAACGAAUGGUUAUUCAGACAUCAUACCACGAGCCCGCGAUCUUACACGCUAUUACCGCGAUUGGAGCGCUUCAUGAAUGCAUUAUGCAGCGGUCCUUCGCAGACGAGACCAGGAAGGCCCGCGCGGUGGAGUUUGCACUCAAUCAGUGUAACAAGGCCAUAUCCUGUCUGACGAGCAGCCAAAGGACGUCCACAGGCCUUGACUUUUCCAGGCGAAGCCAGAAGACACCCAACUCGAGACUUGCGCUCACCACCUGUGUCCUCUUCACCUGCUUCGAAGCGAUGCAAGGGAGGUGCGACAGUGCAGUGAAUCACGCUCUACAGGGGCGACGACUACUCGAGGCGACAAGUCGGCCGCACGCAAUCACCAUGUCACCUGCUGAAGAGGAUGAUCUUGACCAGAUGCGACCGAUUGUAGAGCGCCUAGAAGUUCAAGCAACCGCUUUACUCGACAAAGGGCGCCGAACUGAUGGCGAGGCUGCCGAUCGGAUUCCUUUACUGCCAGAGAUUGAAUGCGUCUUCAGCUUGGAUCACGCUCACAACACAUUACACACUGCGCUGAACAGUGUAAUGCGAUUCAUGCAAGGCUUUGUACCAACAGCACCUCCGGAGCAAAUUGCGACCAACAUGGCCGAGAAGUACAUGCGAUACGUCCCUUGGUUUGCGAAGUGGGAGGCCGCUUUCACAGCCUACCUGGCAGGGUGUCGAGAGCAGCUGCCCAACAUCGACAUCAAGCGAGCGAUGGUUCUGAAAGCCAACCAUCUCGUCGGCACCAUGCUUGCCUCCGUCGACCAAUCUGCCGGUCCAGUCGCCUACGACGCUUACGAAGCCGAAUUCAGAGCCAUCGUCGACCUCGCACGAGAGGUGCUGGCCUCCUUCUCUUGCCCACCACUGCCUACCUUGACCGGCGGCAGCUCGGGUACGCCCUACCUCUCCUUCUCGCUAUGGGUCACAGACCCGCUCUGGAUGGCCAUCUCCCGCUGCCGUAACCCGGGCAUCCGACAAGCGGCCUUCACACUACUAUCACAGAACCCUCGUCAAGAAGGCAUCUGGCACGCAGGCCCACAGAUGUCCAGCAGCAAGUACAUGCGAAGGGUCGAAGCCGGACCGAGCUUGCUGAAGGCCAAGGAGACUGUCAAGGGCAAUCACCCUCCUGAUGCGAACAAGAACAAGCGCAAGUAUGCGUCGAGCAACAUGAAACGGUCUGGCAGUGAAGCUACUUCUCGCACUGCGAGUCCGCGAAAUGAUGCAUCAUCUGGGUCUUACGGAUAUGCGGACGCGGCGGCGACGACUAAUGGGAGGGUUAGAGCUGAAUGGUAG